AAUAAAUCUAACCAUUGUGAACAAAGUUUUAUAGUUACGUAUCAAAUGUUGGCAUGACUGAAGCAUUAUUGUGGUUCAUGAGAAAUUCCCGCCAGUUUCUACUUUUCAGUUUGAGUACGUUUAAGCGAGUCCGUUUAAUGGUUCGAGUGUCAAUAAAAGAAAGAAGAAAAGCCGUGUUCUUACUUAAAAGUUUGUUCUACGAUUAGUGGAUUCGAAUUUUGAACACGAACACAAUGGAUUCCAGCAGUCCAGUACGUUCUGACAGGCUCGCAGAGGCAAUGACAUCCCCUGCCCCAGAAAUUGAUGAACCGUUCGAAGAUGAAACUGAUCUCCUCGGCAAUGACAAUGAUAAUAAUGUCAACGAGGAAGAGGAAGAAGAAGGAGAAGAAUUAUUUGGAGACAACAUGGAAGAUGACUACCGGCCCAUGCCAGGAUUGGAUAGAUACGAUCCAGAUGUUGUGGAUGAUGAGGAUUACUCGGAAUUGUCUCAGGGAGAACGUGUUGCUGCUGAAACUGCCAUGCGUAAAAGAGAUAGGGCAGCAGGCAUUAUCAGAGAUGACAGAUAUUUACUUUAUGAUGAGAGUGACGAGGAUGAGGUGCAAGCACGAAAAAGACGCAUGGCCGAGAAAGCAGCAACAGGUCAAAUCGAAGAUGUCGAAAUGAUCGAAUCUAUCGAGAACUUGGAAGAUACCAAGGGUCACUCGGUCAAAGAGUGGGUGUCUAUGUUAGGACCGAGGACGGAGAUCUCAAAUCGUUUCAAGAGCUUUCUUCGUACACAUACUAAUUCAAAGGGACAGUACAUGUACAAGGAACGAAUCCGUCAUAUGUGCGAAAGUAAUCAAUCUAGCUUUGUCGUCGAAUUCCCAAUUCUUGCUAGCAAGGAGCACGUCCUGGCUUAUUUUCUACCAGAAGCUCCGUUUCAAAUGUUGGAGAUAUUUGACGAAGUAGCAAAAGAGUUGGUGCUAACUAUAUUUCCCAGUUACGAAAGAGUCACGAGCGAGAUACACGUCAGGAUAUCAGAGUUGCCUUUGAUCGAGGAAAUUCGUACGUUCAGGAAGUUACAUCUCAAUCAAUUAGUACGUACUUUGGGAGUCGUUACCGCGACCACCGGAGUGUUGCCACAAUUGUCUGUUGUAAAAUACGAUUGUACAAAAUGCGGAUACGUACUCGGGCCUUUCGUUCAGAACCAAAAUACCGAAGUCAAACCUGGUUCUUGUCCCGAGUGUCAAAGUAUCGGACCUUUUAUGAUCAAUAUGGAACAAACGAUAUACAGGAACUAUCAAAAGAUCACGAUACAAGAAUCACCAGGUAAAAUUCCGGCCGGUAGAAUACCUAGGAGCAAAGAGUGCAUUCUUCUAUCGGAUCUAUGUGAUCGCUGCAAACCUGGCGACGAAGUAGACGUCACUGCCAUUUACACGAACAAUUACGACGGCUCGUUGAACACAGAACAUGGUUUUCCGGUAUUCGCAACGGUUCUUCUUGCCAAUCAUUUACAAGUGAAAGGUUCGAAAGAAAUUGUGGAAUCUCUGACUGAAGAAGAUAUUUCUAACAUCAUCGCUUUAAGUAAAGAUCAUCGAAUCAGCGAUCGCAUCGUCGCAAGUAUCGGACCCUCGAUUUAUGGACACGACUUUACGAAACGAGCGUUGGCGUUAGCAAUAUUUGGCGGAGAAUCAAAGAAUCCUGGUAACAAACACAAAGUAAGAGGAGACAUCAACGUGCUGUUGUGCGGUGAUCCUGGAACAGCCAAAUCUCAGUUCCUGAAGUUCAUCGAAAAAAUUGCACCCAGGGCGGUGUUUACUACGGGUCAAGGAGCCUCGGCUGUAGGUUUGACCGCUUUCGUGAGGAAAUCACCAACGACUCGGGAAUGGACUUUAGAAGCCGGUGCCUUGGUACUCGCCGAUCAUGGAAUUUGCCUCAUCGACGAGUUCGAUAAGAUGAACGAUCAAGAUAGAACAUCUAUUCACGAAGCUAUGGAACAACAAAGUAUCUCUAUAUCAAAAGUGGGGAUCGUUACAUCGCUUCACGCGAGAUGUUCAGUAAUAGCCGCGUCCAAUCCUAUCGGAGGAAGAUACGAUGCCAGCAUGACAUUCUCAGAAAACGUGGAUUUAUCGGAACCAAUUCUAUCUCGUUUCGAUAUCCUUUGCGUAAUCAAAGACGAAAUAGACCCUAUGCAAGACCGACACUUGGCCAAGUUCGUUGUUAAUUCUCAUGUGAAACAUCAUCCAACGAAUGCAGGGAAAGAAAUAGCUACAGAGAGUACAAACGAUAUGGCUAUUCCUCAAGAUCUUUUGAAAAAGUACAUUGUCUAUGCACGCCAGAACAUUCAUCCCAAAUUAACAAACAUUGACCAAGAUAAAAUCGCGAAAUUGUACAGUCAGUUGAGGCAGGAGAGUUUGGCUACCGGGAGCUUACCGAUCACCGUGCGACAUAUAGAAAGUAUUAUACGUAUGGCCGAAGCGAGUGCCAAGAUGCAUUUACGUGAUCACGUUCAAGAAACCGAUAUCAAUCUUGCCAUCAGAAUGAUGCUAGAUAGCUUCGUCGAGACACAAAAGUAUUCGGUGAUGAAGAGUAUGCGUCAAACAUUCCAAAAAUAUCUAUCGUACAAGAAAGAUCAUAGCGAACUGCUGUAUUAUAUACUCAGACAGAUCACAAUAGACACUCUGGCGUUCCAAAAAGCUAUACGUGGAAGUCGUAUUUCAACGGUCGAAGUAUUAGAGAAAGAUCUGUUGGAUCGGGCCAAACAAAUCGACAUAUUCGAUCUACAUCCGUUUUAUGAGAGUCAUAUCUUCAAGUCAAAUAAUUUCGUCUAUGAUUCGAGAAGGAAAGUGAUAAUACAGACACUUCCCGAAGGUGCCGAUGACUGAUACGGUAUUAAGGAUGAUGCAAAUCAAAUACGACUUUAUUUACAAUUCGAUACUGUUUAUACAAGCAUAGUUUUUACGUACAAUUAUAUGACUUCAAUAAAAGAUCAAUCGUUUUUACUA